AUGGCUGCUGGAAGACAUGGUGGCUACAGGGAUAAUGAAUUUAGGGGCCGUGAGGCUGAGUUCGAGGUUUCAAGGAAGGAGCUUGGUUAUCCUAAGGGGGAUUAUGAUCGAAUUAGGAAUGGUGAUCGGGAUUUUGAUAGGGAUCGAGUUCACGACAGGAGUAGUCGAGAUAGGGGUAGGUUGAGACAGAAGGAUGUAAAAGAAAGGGAGGUCAUAAAUGGCAGUUAUAGGUCCACGUCAAGCAGGAGUGAUUCUGGUAGUAGUGACGGUGGAGCGGGGAGAAGUGGGUUUAGUGUCAGGGCUGUUGACCGAGAGCCUGGGGAACUGUCUAGUGAGAGUGGGUCUGAUGGGGCUAUUGAUUCGGACCGGAAGACCAAGAAUGCGGCCAAUGGGAACCAGUCACCUGUACAGAGCAAGAAACGAAAAUUCUCUCCAAUUAUCUGGGAUAGGGAUGAAAAGGAAGCGAAUAGAAUGUCGAAGAGUAGAAAUUCAUCAGCAGCUGCUAAGCUACCUCCUCCGCCUCCAUUGCCGAAGUCAUCUGUCCAGUCGCCUAACCUUCCCUUAGAAAGGGUUGAGCAGGUCUCGCCAUUGAAUAAUAAUAAUGAUAUUAUUCAGAGCACGGGGCCGUCCCAACAUAAUCCAAAUGCAGCACUUGGUUCACAUGUUGAUGCAUCUGAAUCCCCAGUUGACAUAGGUUCACCACCUCCUGACGAAGAGCGAUUGCCCGAGCAGGAUGCCAGGAUAGUAGAAGAAGAUGAAUACGUGCCGACUAUAAGAGCGUCUCGAUGGGCAACUGACGCUGACUCUCCAGCUGAUGAAGGUUUGAUUUCAGAUGAUGAUAUGCCUCGAUUGAAGAAGCAACGAGCAGUUUCACAGUCAGCUGAAAUGGGUGGACACAGGAAAUCACUAACUCCAGAAUUUGGGGAGCUCAAGAGAGACAACUCUGGAGGAAAUAGAGCAAGGUCCUCGGAUUCAGAUGAACAUAUUAGGUCUUCCAGCAGAGAUAGUUACCAGGACAAUGAUUUAGAUAAGAAUGACUCAAUGGUUGUGGAUAAGGACCGUAAUUAUGAUGGUACUAGUGUUAGCCAGUCAGAUACAGAAUCUGAAGAUGAACAUGAUUCUCGUGGUAUACCAGAGCCUGCACUUCCUCCACAAAGGAGCGUAAACAUGCUGCAGGGGUGUAGAAGUGUCGAUGAAUUCGAGCGGCUUAACAGGAUAGAUGAAGGUACCUAUGGUGUUGUUUACAGAGCUAGAGAUAAGAAGACAGGAGAAAUUGUUGCACUAAAGAAGGUUAAGAUGGAGAAGGAACGAGAAGGAUUUCCCUUGACAUCUCUAAGGGAGAUAAACAUUCUUCUUUCUAUUCAUCACCCCUCAAUUGUAGAUGUUAAAGAAGUAGUUGUAGGAAGCAGUCUUGACAGCAUUUUUAUGGUGAUGGAGUACAUGGAACAUGAUCUGAAGGCAUUAAUGGAGACAAUGAAACAACCGUUUAGCCAAAGUGAAGUCAAAUGUCUUAUGCUCCAGCUUUUGCAGGGUAUCAAGUAUCUUCAUGAUAAUUGGGUCCUUCACCGAGAUCUGAAGACUUCAAAUUUGCUUCUAAACAACCGAGGUGAGUUGAAGAUUUGUGACUUUGGUUUAGCUCGUCAAUAUGGGAGCCCCCUGAAACCAUACACUCAUUUGGUGGUUACUUUGUGGUACAGGGCGCCAGAACUUCUCUUGGGAGCCAAACAAUAUUCUACUGCAAUUGACAUGUGGUCACUGGGUUGUAUCAUGGCUGAAAUGCUAUCCAAAGAAGCGCUUUUCAAUGGAAAAACCGAAGUUGAUCAAAUCGACAAGAUUUUCAAAAUUCUCGGAACCCCAAAUGAGACAAUUUGGCCAGGGUUUUCUAAGCUUCCUGGGGUGAAGGUCAACUUUGUAAAGUACCAGUUUAAUUCGUUAAGAAAAAAAUUUCCCGCUACAUCCUUCACUGGGCUACCAGUCCUAUCUGAUGCUGGCUUUGACCUGUUGAAUAAGCUUCUAACUUAUGAUCCUGAGAAGAGAAUAACUGCCGAUGCUGCUUUAAACCAUGAGUGGUUUCGUGAGGUUCCUCUCCCCAAGUCUAAAGAAUUCAUGCCUACUUUCCCUGCACAGCAUGCACAAGAUAGGCGUGUGCGAAGAGUAAUGAAGAGUCCAGAUCCUCUUGAGGAGCAGCGAAGAAAGGAGCUGAAGCAAGGGGUGUUGGGAACUGGUGGAUUGUUUGGCUAAGAUAAGUGAAUAGUGCUCAGUAACUGUUUGAGUUUUGCUUUCUCUAAUACUCAUGGGGUUGAUGUGGUUGAGGUGAGAGCUAUGAUUGAAAGGAAGUUGCUAAAAUUGUUUGCAAGACGAUCAGUUCAGCUGUUUUUUAGCAGGCUUAUCUGACAUUUAGAUCGAGAAACAAUUCUUUUGGCUGUGCAUUAUCAGAUCUGUUGCAGGUUGACUUACUGGGUGCUGGUGCCUUAUCAAACUCUUGAGACUGCACGCAUGGCAGGGGUGGCAUAGUGAGCUUACCUAUUAAGGAACAGUUUCGAUUGAAACUCGUGUAUGUAACAUAUUUCCUAUUGGCAGUGUAAACAAUUUCUUGAAAUUGAUUUUGUUACUCAAAACAUAUGGAUCUGUUUCGUACUUAUAGUAUGUCGAUUUUAAUCUUCAUAUUCUGUUUGCAAGAGAUGAUGGUGUAAAGCAGAUGGGGAAUUCUUAGCUUUUUCAUUGACGAAGAAUUCACGAAAACUAUUGCACAUUUGAAGGUAAUGAUUGUAUCUAGAUACAUGGAUAGUAAUCAAGGAUGACAUAUCUGCUUUCCCAUCAGUAUUAAACGCUUCACUUUUCCCCAUGCUAGCAACUUGACUCUUCACUAUUGUUUACUUCACAUUCUUUCUUCUGGCACUCUCCCUCUACAUGGUCGAGUACAUCAAUGCUGGACCACAAAUGAUUAUGACGCAUGUUCCCUCCAUCCCAAUUUAUGUGGCACUCUUCCUGUCAGUCCUAAAAAGAAUGUCACCUUUCCCUAUUUAAAAGCAAUUUACCUUUGGAAUUCCUCCUUUGCCCUUAAUGAAUUGAUUUACAGCCACAAAAAUGUCUGGUUUGUUUUACACCACAAGUUUUAGGUCUUGUUUAAAUUCCGUGCCGAGUCAAACACCGCCACAUAAAUUGGGACGGAGGGAGUAAUAUAUCUCUCAUGGGAUAUUUUAUUUUUUAUGAUAAACCUUAGUACUGAAUGAUUAUAGGAUUCUGUGCCGUGAUGUCCAGUUUCAAAUGUGAUGAUGGUCAUGCUGAAGUUUUCGAAAUUGUUUAAGAGAUCUAACUUUGGAAGUUCAAUUUCCAGCUUUUAUGGUGAUAGUAAUAUGAACACUCAGCGUGAUUGUUUUCUUCUGUAGGAAUGAUUCUCAUUUCAUGUUUUAGGGACUGACUUCUCUCUCUGAAUUUAUUGACUGCUAAAUUAAUAUUGAUAAUAAAAGUUACUAAUAAUAUGUAGACAUGACUGAAUGCCAGUGAAAAGUAAGGCAAAGGUGUAUCCGAAGCAUCUCUGAGUGGGAUUUAUUACCAAAUAAAUAAGAUUUGUUAAAGUAUUGUGUUUAUUUGCUCAUGGACUUGAAGUUUCACCCACAUGAUAUCACCUCUUGUGGAUGACAUUGUUAUCUUAAGAUUUUGGUUUAAGUUAUGUCUUUUGAAGUUUAUUCCAAAGUUAUGUUGUCUUUAGGUCGUAUCGCAGAGGCAAAUUCCACUCUGCUCUGGCUGCAAGUAUUAUCCUGUUCCUAUCUAAUAAGUUCUGCCAAACAAGAUAAAAUAAGAUCUCUAUCUUGCUAAGUACUAUUGAUUAGUUAACGUACAAAAAGAAACGUUAAUUUUCUUCCCCAAAAAGAAACUGUUGAUUUGUUAUUUUUGCUGACACUAUCUAAAUUGUAAGUUAGCUUGUUCCUCAAUGCAUUGGUUUCUCCUUGAGACUGAUUACCUAUGUAGGUGUGCGUUGGUGGUUGCAUUCAUUUUUGUUUUUUGACUUUGUAUUAUGGUAUAAUCUGUUCUCACUUCUGGGAACAUUUAUACCCAUCACCCGUUUGGCUUGCUUGCCAAACAAUCAAAUCUAUAUUUUUUUGGUUUCUUUUCGUAUUUAUAUUAGAGAAUUUUCAAUUUUUACUGUAGAAUUGAAUUCUGCAAAUGUCACUGCAGUAUCAAGGAAAGCAGGUUGAGGAGCUUAUCUACAACCUGGCAUACAUAGAAUUUCAAAUUUAUUUUCCAUACUUCAGAUACUCGUACUGUCUGCCCAAGCCAGUAAGGUACUUUGCUGCCCUCAUCUGCUAGAGAUGUACAAAUGUUCUAUAUGAUAUCUUGUGCAUUCUUUUCUAGAUGGGGGCUUUUAAUUUGAGCCUAUAUGUUUCAGGCUGUAUUGAUUUUCUGUUCUUUCAAUUUUUUAGUCUUGUGGAAAGAUGAUAAUGGUUUUGUUGUUAUCAUCUCUUGGUACUUUUAGAGGCAAAACCGGGAAUAUCUUUUGUUUGUUGCUAGUGUUAUUUUUGGAAGUUGAUCAAUGAAAGAAUGUUGUCUGUUUAUUACUUCAUUUUCACUGUUCUUGAGCUGAGGGUCUUUUGGAAACAACCUCUCUACCUCCCCAAGGUAGGGGUAAGAUCUGCGUACACUUUACCUUCCCCAGAGGGAUUUCACUGCGUUUGUUGUUGUUGUUGAUCAAUGAAAGAAAGAACUAGUGUUAGAUUUGUCUUACAUCUCUGCCGUGUUGAUUAGUUUUAUUUUGUGUUUAUGUAGUGCAUUAAAACAGAGAGCAGCAGGGACUAUAACUGUAAUUCUAGUUUGCAAUCGAAACUGCACAACUGCCAUUCAUUAAACUGUUAAUUUGUAAAAGUCAUGUGGGAAACGCUUUUGGCCUUUGAAUCCUUGUAACUGGUAGAAGUCAUGACCUCCAUAUUUCUUUUGUUCAAAAUUAAUAGUCGUGUUGGCUUUGAAAUUUCGCUUUGUCGACUCUUCCUCAUUGUAAGGAUAUUUAUUUUGGACGGAGAAAGGGUUAUUAAUGGUUAAGGCCCCGGUUGAGUUUCUAAGCUUAUUCACAAUUUCUUUUUAAUUUGUUUUUUAUUUUUACUUUUACCCCCUGCCCCCCCUGAUUUGUUUCUGACCAGAAAGAACAUGUGAGCCUGGCUACAAUUCCCGCCAGAGGGCUGAAAUAGAAGUGCAAAGGCAUGUAACUUUGUUUAAGAAUUUUCUCGUGGGGUUCUAGGCAGGUAGAUUGGAAUUGCAAGUCCAAAAGCUCAUCGUACUGGCAGGGAAGGGGGUGGAAGAACAUGUUUCAAGGAAAUAGAUCUGUGUAUGUUCCCACUCCAGACUAGGAAAAGACUAAAUAUAAGUUGUACAGCUCCUUGAAGUUGGUGGUGGUCCAUUUUCAGUAGAAUGCCAAGGCUAGGAAAUGGAGAGUGGAUGUACGAGAAAUCACACUGCUGUGGUGGAAAGACUGUAAAUGCUGCAGAAGGCAAAAUAUUUUGUCAAAUGGCACUAAGAUCUUUUACUGGGUAGGAUUUUACCCUUGUGGUUUCUGAUAGUUUUCUUUACUUGAUUGGUGGAGGUAUUUGUGUGUUUUGGGCAGCGCAUGGGUGUCCACCGUUUGGUCCUACUGUGCAGAAUUUCGCCGAUCAGAAAUGGAGAAGGGAAAGCAGUAGAGACUGGUCUUUGGCAAAAUGAAUAUGGCUGAGCACACAAACUCUUGAAGAGGAGAAGUCGUCUGUCUUCUGUUAUAAAUAGAUCCUCUUUGUUGAAUUCAUGUAACUAAAACUUCUGCUGAUUUUCCUCACGUAAUUAAUGUCAUUGCAGUCUUCUGAUGAAACAUAGGGUGGAUUUGGUGUGUGUCAUAAAUGUCAUUCCAAGUAACAUUCUGUUGCCCUGUGCAGAACGCGUUUGCGUUGUUGUGCGUCAAGACUCUUUUAGGCCUUGGAUGCUAUUUGGUACUGUUGUGUCUGAGCCUAAAUGAAGCAGCGUUUGCUAGUUUUCAAA